CAUCGUUAUCAUCAUUUUCAUCAUCAUUCUCACUUUCAGAGUAAAAAUUCCAUGGAGAGAAUGAAAGAGAAGCAAGAAAAUGAAGAAGACCAAAGGAAUAGUGAUUCUUAAAGAAAGCCAUUAUUUUCAUUUGUUCAUAACCUUUCCUCACCAGUGGCUGUUAGAUCAACAUUCAAGCAAAUCUUAUAUUUUUGUUCAACAGUAAAAAUCGGACAAACAUUUUUGGAUAACUUUAUCAUCUAAAUCAUCUUUACUCUCACUUUGAUCGUCAUUUUGUUCAUCAUUUGAUUUACCAUUAAAAAUCAUAACUCAAUCUUUGUUAUUCAUGUAAAAGGAAAGAACCAAACGGACAAACCAUGAAUCUAAAUCUGUGUAAAUCAAGAGGAGGCGGAAUCAGUGCUCGAACCAAAUCUUUGAGGGAAAAAUUUAGUUCCAAACGGAGUUACUCUGAAUUAACAUUUAAAGAUUCAACCACUUCAUUGACCGAAACAACCGAUUUAUCCUCACCAGGAACUUCAUUUAAAUCUCGCAAUCCACCAAAGACGUUGAACUUGUCAAGCGUUGAUUCCAUUCGAGUAUCACUUUCCAAAAAUGAGACCAACACUUAUAACUUACUUCCUGAAGAAGCUUACUGUUCCGCUUUGGAUAUAAACUGCAGCGAUUCCGAGCCUCGUUUCCCUUGGCAAAGAGACGUUGCCAUUCAGUGCAACUACGGUGAUCCUGUGGCCAAAAAGCAUGCCAACCUUUCAAGAUCAAGUGAAGUUACCACCUCAUCUUCAACUGUUAAAAAACGUCCACCACAUUCACUUACUCCCACUGGACCCUUGGGUGGUGGACUGUUUGGACUUGGCAUCACAAGUGGCAGUAGUGCUGCUGCUGGUAGUGCAGGGAUUGGUGGUGGCAGUGCUGGAGGUUCCAUUUCACCUUCAUCGGGUUCAUCCAAUCUCGAUCAAGUGCAAAAGAAACAUUCAGGUCUUUCAACUUUAACGUCAAACUUGCGCUUCUGGAAAAGCUCUUCUCCUCUCUCGUCAACUGGAGAAAUUGAAAAGAAACCUUCGACCCGUAAACGCUUGACUCGAUCAGCGUUACACAGAGCAGCUUCAUUUGAUUCCAAAGGAUAUUCUCGACUGAUUCAACAGGCUUCCAUCGAUUCACCGACAACCGCACAUCCCAACGUUUUAUCACACGACCAUCUUGCAGUGCCUAACGCAACUCCCGGUUUAUCCCUUUCCUCGUCUCCAUCGUCCGAUGAAAAUGUGUCCAACUCCAUUCUUCACGAGUCAAACUUUCACUCAACUCGAUUGGAAGGUGUCCUCGAGCCCGAAGACGGAGCAGAAAAUGAUGAAGAUGAAGACGAGGAAGAAACAGAAGAAGAAAAUGAUAGUGAUGAUGACCGUAACAAAGAGAUUUAUAAACAUGCCGAGAUAAGGUUUACCUUUUCAGGGCCCGGAGCUUAUCAAACAGGGUCAACAUCAGCCCCACAAUCACGUUCAUCGUCACCACCAAGAGAUUUGAUUGAUGAAAAAAGAGAGCUUCACGUAACUGGUAAAGAUGUUUACAUGAGUUUACCUUCACCAAAUGUUCAUACAGAGGGUCAAGAGUGUAAUCCAGUUUUUAAAAAGUUUGCUGGACUCACGAGCCAUGGAGAUGAAAGUGAACCUGAAGAGCCUUUACAGGAAGAACCGCCUGCAUCGGCAUUGCAUCGACGUCGAGCUCUGGUACCGCCAAAGUUGAUUACCGAUGGCUAUGAAAGUGCAACUGAUGAAACUGAACAUACAAGGGAAUCUUCAUCAUCACCAUUAUCGAGUAACUUACUGGCUGAGCCAACAUCGUCAAAGGCAAGACGACGAAGCUCAAUCGUUGUUAUUCCACCAAUGCAGAUAUGUCCAGGUGAUCUAUUAGUUUAUAGUAAAGUAUUAACUCAUCGAAAUGAUCUUUUAGACAACUUUGAUGGAUCAACUCAAUGUUUAGCUGUAACCGAAGAUGCCUCACGUAAAGGUAAAAAUACCUGGUCACUGUUGAAACUUUUUGACAGGUCUAAUCGAACCAAAUCGGAUUCAUUGUGUGGUCUUGAAGAGGUUUUAUCAACACUUACUCCGUCCGUUUUUGUUGAUGAACAACUUUCCAAAUAUAAAGGAAUGUCUUGGGCUGAUUUUGAGACUCAGUUUGAGGAACGUCGUGCAUCCUCCAUAAUCUCAGGCCAUCGUUUGUCGCAACUACAAUCAGAUAGUCGUCGAUCUUCUGCACAAUCAUCUUUAACUGGUCAAAGUAAUACCAACAUAUCCAUCAGUUUACAUCACUCACCCACCAAGUCACCUAGACGUCCUGGCCUUUUAAGAACACAAACCUUCGACUCAGCCCAAACCAAUUCAACAGAUGAUUCUCUAUUAGAGGUUAAUGCUCAUUCCAUCAGGUCAAACAGUUGUAUUGCUCCAGUUUCAACUUCAAUUCGUCGUCUUAGUGGAGGCCUUAAUUUUAGAGAAGAGUCUUUAGAUGAAGGACAAUGUGAAGAUGUACCCUCGCCUGGUUCAACAGCAACAAUUGGUCAGAAUAAGAGUCAAGCUCAAAAUCAAGGCCAGGAUCAGGAUGCUGUUGAAACUGACACAAAUCGUAGUUGUGUUGGUCCAGGCAGUGUUGGGGGAGGUGGAGGUUUAAUGGCCAGUUUACAUGCAAACUCUAGUAUUCAAAGUGAACCCGCUUCCCCACCAAACAGUUCAUCAAGUCCUACCUCGUCUCGUUCAAGUUUUGCAUUAACUCGGUCAGAGUUCAAACGACGUGAAGCUCUUUGGGAUCUUUUCCAAAGUGAAUGUGUUUUUCUUUAUGCUCAUUUGAUGGUUUUGAAAAAUGUUUUCAUGGAACCAUUGAAAAAGAUUCAAGUUGAAGGAUUUGCUAUGUUUGCUGAGCCAGAAGUACUCUUUGGUAAUCUAGAUGAACUAUGUUGUGUUACAUAUGCUUUUUGCAAAGAAUUUUUAAGUCUAAUGCUUCAACAAAUGAACUCUGGUGAUCUCAAUCCAGCAGAAGUUUUGGUUAAACUUUUUCAAAAGAGCUCUAAGGCUACUGCACUUACUCAAGCAUAUCAUCGAUAUACCCUUAAUUACAUCAAUGCUCUUAAUUAUCUGGAAACACUUCGUCGUCAAGUAGAGUUUAAUGAAUUUGAAAAAUGGUGUGCUCGUGAUCCUAGAUGUAAAAAGUUACAAUUGACUGAUUUACUUGUUUCACCGGUUCAACACAUUAUGAGGGUUCCACUAAUUUUGAAAGAUAUCGAAAUGAGAACAGAGGAUGCAACUGAACGUGAAUUAAUUUCGCAAAUAAUUGAGUCAGAGGAAGCUUCUCUCCGUGAACUGGAUGACAAAAUGAAGUGGUUAAAAAAUUUCGAGCGUCUUCUUGAAAUUCAACGAAAUAUUGUAUGGCCUUCUGUUCUUGAUCUUGAUCCCAAAGUUUUCAUUCCUGAGUGUCUUAAAGCACCCCUUUCUAAACAACCCUGUGAACGAUUAAUUGUUAGUCCAAGACGUCAAAUAAUCAUUGAAGGACCAUUAAAUAUUUUAGAUAGUGGUAAACCUGUUGAAAUGUACGUUGUAUUGUUUGAUGAUAUGUUAAUUAUUACAAGGCGUAAAAAAGGUCUUCACAAAAAGCAAUCAUCUUUAACUGAAAAGUGGGCAUCUACAUGUAGCCGAGCUAGUUCUGGACCUCAUGAGAGUCCAUUUAAAUAUGUCGUAUAUAAACAGCCAUUAUCUCUAGAUCGUUUUUAUAUCCAUGAUGUCACUGCGGCCGAAGGUGCAGCUCAUAAUUUGAAAUACGUCUUCGUACUUGUCUGUUUAAAUAGAUUUCAGCAAAUAGUCACUAUACAUACUUUUCAAGCUCCUAAUGAAUCAACCAAGAUUAAUUGGCUUUCCAAAUUAAAAGAUACCGCAGACCGCUGGAAACGUACUUUGCAAAACACAGUCUUCCGUAGUCAACAACGUUUAAGCUCUGCAAGUGUGUCAACCACAUCUAGUUGUAGGGAUACAGCAGUCAAUUCAAGAUGAGAUUAAUUUAAAUUAAUCCAAAAAAAUCGCUACAACUCAGCAUAAUUUAUUAACUCCUGUUAAAACAACCGUUAUCAACCUUAAUUUGUUAUUCCUGUUGGCCCUGCUCAGAUGAAAAUUCACUUUCACUUCCUCUAUUAUACCAAAAUACCUUUAGAAACAAUCCAAUAAGCUAUAGCUAUGAAUCAUAGUUCAAUUUGAUUCGAUCUAAAAGCCGGACAAUUUAAAUUAUCUAAGCUGUCGAAACCAAUUCUUUUCAUUGUAAUAUUGAACGAAUCCAUGAUGUCUUAGUUGUAGUUGUAGUCAGACCAUCUGUUAGUGUUAGUAAGACCUUUUUCAGCUCAGAAAUGUGAUUUUUGGUUAAUUUAUCUGAUUUUCGUUGAAACGUUUACAUUACAAUAUCAUUUUUACUUGAAAAAUUCAACUAGAUUUUUAACAGCACUCAAAAAAAUACUAUGACAAAAUAAUAUAUCAUUUGAAUGAUCAUUGAAAUGGUAUAAUGAGAUAUAAAUUGUGAUGUAAUAAGACGAAACCGAAACAAUAAUGAAUUACUCAACUUGAAAUACAAUCGAAAAACAAUAAUCUUCCGUUGUGAUAAUAAAGUAAUAGAAAGUCAUAAAGUAUUAAGUAAAUUGUAAUACGAAAGAUAUCAAAUUAUAUUAUUAGUUGCAUGUUAAUGUCAGAAUAAUUAUUCUUUUUCCUCGUCCUUAUCAUAAUCUCUUUUUUGUAAAUCACACUUUAUCUUGUAAUUAAUGUAAAAUUUGAAUAUCAUUAAUUUAAAUUUAUAAAUUUCUUGUUUCUUCAUA